CACUUUCAAAGUAGCCUCAUUCGAAAAAAUUCACUUUGUUAACACAACAAAUUGGUAGGCCAUGGAUUAUUUCAUGUGCCUAUUGAUGGCGAGUGCCAUCGUGGCAAUUGGCAGCGCCACGGGAACAACCCAAGCUCCAACCCAGCACCAACAGGACAUGCACAUGAUGCAGACCAUUUAUGACGAGCUAAAACAGCUUAAACAGACCGUUGGAGGCCUUGCAAGACAGACGAUGUUGCAGCAACUAUUUGUUGAAGAGCGAAUACGGUCAGAAGGUGGAUCAGGUCUUAAGCAGGUCAGGGCCGGUGGAUCAGGGACUAGACCUUACCACCACACACUUCAUGCUGCUGGAUCUGCUGCUGGUAUUCACGAGCAUUCCAAUUACGACAGAACAGUAGGGCUUGGCGAGCUUAUCGUUGUCCUGAAUGGAGUCGAGUUCCGCACCAGGCACAACGAUUACAAGCUCAAGAUGCCAUCGACGAAAAGCAAGAAUUACAAUGAGGUAGAGGAUAUUCCGUUCCCCAACGUUCCUCCAUCAGUUCUUAACAAACACAACGUCAGUGACCAGAUUGCAGAAAUGCGCGAAUUCUUCAAGGCAUUCCACAAGCAAGACAUUCAUCAUCGCGACUACAGGCCAUAUUUUAAACCCGUUAUGUGCUACUUGGAAGGUGGAUGGACGACAGAUACCCGCAACUAUACCGCAUUUUAUCUUCGCCCACCUUCGUAG